UGCGCUGCGCUCCUGCGUCUGUUUGUGUUUCGGCUGAGAAAAGAAAGACCGCUGAAAACCGCAUCUCCAUGUGACACUGUUAUAAAGAUGGCGUUUAUUAAAGAGGAGAGUGAAGACCUGAAGAUUGAAGAAACAUUCACAGUCAAACAGGAAGAUCCUGAGGAGCAAACAGACUUGAUUGUGCUGAAAAACGAGAGGCAAGAACUGAGUGAAACGGAGGAGAAGGAUCAUAAUCUUAUAACGGGAAACUAUUUGAUUUGCUCCCAGACUGAAAAAACUUCCUCACAAGAAAGUGUCACAAAGGCCAAACAAAAAUCUUUCGCUUGCCAUCAGUGUGGAAAGAGUUUUAGGCACAAAGGAAAUCUUAACGUCCACAUGAAAAUUCACACUGGAAAGAUGGAUUUUACAUGCAAACACUGUGGAAAAUGUUUCAUUAAAAAAGCAUCCCUCCAAAACCACCUGAGAAUUCACACUGGAGAGAAGCCUUACACUUGCAGCCAGUGUGGAUUGAGUUUUGCGAUUAAGACAACUCUUAAUAUCCACAUGAGAAUUCACACGGGAGAGAAGCCUUACACAUGCUCUGAAUGCGGAUUGACUUUUACACACAAACAAACUCUUAAUAAACAUCUGGAAGUUCACACUGGAGAAAAGCCCUACAAGUGCUCUCAUUGUGGAAAAGGUUUCCGUCUACCUGGAAACCAUAAAGAACACAUGAGGUCUCACAAUGAAGAGAAGCCUUACGCCUGCCGGCAGUGUGGGAAACAUUUCCGUUCAAGUGGUUACCUUAAAGAACACAUGAGAUCUCACACCGGAGAGAAGCCUUAUACCUGCCAGCAGUGUGGAAAACAUUUCCGUUCAAGUGGUCACCUCACAGUCCACAUGAGAAUUCACACUGGAGAGAGGCCCUAUACCUGCCAACUGUGUGGAAAGAGUUUCAAUCGGAAUACGCACCUUACAAAACACUUCAAAUUGCACUCGAGAUAAAGGAUUCAUUAAAAGAAGAAACUCCCAUGAGACUUGAGGAGUGGAGAGAGGUAUUUCAUGCAUCUUCAGUCUGGAAAGUAUCUUGCAUAUCAAUGUAAACUUAAAGGCAAAGCUCUCGAUUUACCUGUCAAUCUACAUUCCUACUCUCAAGAUCUCGAAUACAAUUGGCCGAAAUGAGUUUCCUUUUCAGGGUGGCAGGGCGCACUCUUAUUGAUAGGGUGAGGAGCUCGGAGUAGAGCCACUACUACUCCACAUCAAGAGAAGUCAGCUGUGGUGGCUUAGGUAUCUGUUUCGGAUGCCUCCUGGCCGCCUACCUAGGGAGGUGUUCCAGGCAUGUCCGACUAGGAAUAGACCUUGGGAAAGACCCAGGACACACUGGAGGGACUAUGUCUUUCGGUUGGCCUGGGAACACCUUGGGAUCCCCCCGCAGGAGCUGGAGGAAGUGUCUGGGUAGAGGGAAGUCUGGGGUUCUCUCCUGAGACUGCUGCCCCUGUGACCCGGUCCUGGAAAAACGGAUGAAAAUAAAUGAAUGAUCAUGAACUUAAACAGCAUUUUCAAACCAAAAAUUAAAGAUUCUUUAAAAAGUAAAGAACUACACAAACACGAUCUGACUAUCCUGAAUAAGGAGAGGCAAGAACUGAGUAAAACAGAAGAGAAGGAUCAACCUGCAAAGCAGCAUAUUAUUGUACCUACAAAAAAGGACUUGAUUUGCUCACAGACUGAAAAGGUUUCUUCACGAAAAAGUGCCAAAAGGACCACACCAAUUAAAUUUGCUUGCCAUCAAUGUGGAAAAACUUUCAGUCAUCGAGGAAAUCUUAACGUCCACAUGAAAAUUCACACCGGAAAAAUGGAAUUUACAUGCCAAUUCUGUGGAAAAUGUUUCAUUAAAAAAGGAUACCUCGAAAGCCACCUGAGAAGUCACACUGGAGGGAAGCCUUACACUUGCAGUCGAUGUGGAUUGAGUUUCGGGCAUAAACAAACCCUUAAUAUCCACAUGAGAACUCACACCGGAGAGAAGCCUUACACAUGCUCUGAAUGCAGAUUGAAUUUUACGCACAAACAAACUCUUAAUAACCACGUGAGAACUCACACUGGAGAGAAGCCUUUCAUAUGCUCUCAUUGUGGAAAAGGUUUUCAUAAUCUUACAAUCCAUCAUAACCACAUGCGAACUCACACUGGAGAGAAGCCCUACGCCUGCCCUCAUUGUGGAAUGAGUUUCGCUCAGAGACAUACUUUUAACGUCCACGUUAGAAUUCACACAGGAGAAAAGCCUUACAAAUGCUCCCAUUGUGGAAAAUGUUUCCAUCAUCCUGGAAACCAUAAAGAACACAUGAGAUCUCACACUGGAGAGACUCCUUACACCUGCCAACAGUGUGGAAAACAUUUCCGUCGAAGUGGUUACCUUAAAAACCACAUGAGAAUUCACACCGGAGAGAAGCCUUAUACUUGCCAACAGUGUGGAAAGAGUUUUACUCAAAAUGCUCAGCUUGCAAAACACAUGAAAAUUCACACUUGAGAUAAACACUACAAGGAAAACCUCACAAAAAAAAGUCCACGUGAAAACAUGCCGAAUCAACAAGCAGUGACAAAAGCCUUAUACUGCAUUCACAUCAAUUGCGGAAUUAAGCAUUUGCAUGGGAAAAUGACAUUUAAGGUCAAUGUAAUCACACAAACAGGUAAAUUGCCUUUGUGCCGCAUGAAUGAUGGGAAAAUCAUGUUGCGUCUACUGUGCAAGUUCAAAUAAUUCAGCUCGAUCAGAACGUUUGCAUGAGGUUAAACGCAUCUCUCUAGUAAACUAAAUCAAGAGAUUCGGUGUUUUGCGUUUGGUGUGAAUCCAGCAUUAGAACGUGGUGGCAUGUUGAGGUUAAUAGGCAAAAACUUUUAAUGGCCACAUGACCACAGAGUUACCCGAGUUUCUGAAACUUCACCCUGGCUGGAGUUUUUAGAAAGUUUUGGUUUGUCACCUGAUACUGCAUUUUGGUAUUAACCAAACUGCGUAGCAAAAUAAAUGCGGUUUUCAAAAUAUUCAUGUUCGUAAGGACGGGCCUUUAGAAAGUUUGUAACUUUUUCAUCCACAUGAGACUUUUGAGGAGUACAGGGUCCUUUCAUGCAACUUGAGUGUGGAAACAAAGAGCUGCCUUUCCUCUGUGUUACCUAAAACCCAAGAAUGAUGCAAACAGGGCCGGCACGUCCCUAGAGGCGACCUAGGCGUAGAGUAGUUAGGGUGGCAUCUGCGGCAACCUCCCCGCCCUUCACUUUUGUCUGCGACACUGCAUGAACCCCCCUCCCCCAAACCCAUUUUCGUCCACAACAAACAAAUCCCCCUCCUCCUGUUUUGCUCCAACUAUAGUGACCUGGAGCACCAGUCUUUCCUAAUGAAAAGGUCUCUACAGCAUUUUCAGAAGUCUAGUGCAAAUUGUUUAGGGUUGAAAAAUGCAGUAGUGUGGCUGGAAAGUAACCACAGUGAAAGUUAGGCCAUAUUACUAAAAAAGGGCCUCAGUUCAGGGAGGGCCACAGCUCUUGACCCUAAUUAAGCACACCUUAUCGAACUAAUUGAGUCCUUCAGGCUUGUUUGAAACCUACAGGUAACCUAAAGAGGCAGUCACACUCGAGUAUGGCAUGAGAAAUUCUGUCUUAUGGCGCUGUGAAAAGGGGCAGGAUAAAAAAAAUCAUUAGACAUCGAUAAAGUGAUACAGAGUACAGAAAGGUCACGUUUUGACCUUCUAUUGGUCUCAAGCAAUCACAUGAUGCAAUUUCACAGGUCAGAGUUUACCAAGCUUGAACUUUGGAAAGCAGCAACAUGUGGAACUUGAUGCACAAGCUUGCGUCGCUAGUCUGCUGCAUUCGCAUACAUAUGAAUGGAAGUCUAUAGGGCGAAAAGUGCCGUUUUGGGGCCAAGUGACCUUGACUUUAGGAAUCAUUAAAAUUAUUAAAAUCUGUGUGAACAGCCCCUUAAAACUAAUGUCCCAUCUUCAGUUUCGUACUCAGGUGCGCUUUGCACUCAGACUACAAGUGUAGCACGCCAAAGCCCAACCCAACCGCGCUCGAGACCACCUCUUCCAAUGGGGCCAGGGCCGGCAAACUAAACCGCACCUGGGCAUGAUUCAGAGUACUUACACUUUUCAAAUGAACUGGGAAAUGGGGGUCAACCGUACUCUGGAAUGGUACAGAUAGCCUAGUGUGAGUACAUUCUUAAUAUGUUGGAGCAGAGUUGAAACUAGACCCUCCAAAGUUGAGAGUUGAAGCUGCAACCCUCCAGGAACUGAGUUUGACACCCCUGCCCUAGAUCGUAAAACAUUAAUGUAGGCUAGCAAACGCACACUGUUCAUAACGUUUUAAGUAGUGACUGUAGUCCAGGGGUGUCCAAACUUGGUCCUGGAGGGCUGGUGUCCUAUAUAGUUUAGCUCCAACUUCCUUCAACACACCUGUCUCGAAGUUUCUAUUCAUUCAUUUUCUUUUCGGCUCAGUGUUAUCCAGUAUACGUUUUAUGCAGCGGAUGCCGUUCCAGCUGCAGCCCAACACUGGGAAACAUACAUUCUUGCAUUCCCACUCAUACUCUACAGCCAAUUAAGCUCAUUCAAUUCACCUAUACUACAUGUCUUUGGACUGUGGGGGAAACCAGACCACCUGGAGAAAACCCACGCCAACACUGUGAACAUGCAAACUCCACACAGAAAUGCCAACUGGCCCAGCCGGGCAUCGAACCACCGACCUUCUUGCGGUGAGGCAAUCAUGCUACCCACUGCGCCACCGUGACACCUCGUAGUUUCUAGUAUAAUAUUGUAUAUAAUGUAUAAAAAGAGCUUCAGCUGUUUUAGGUGUAUCUAAUUGGGGUAGGAACUAAACUUCAAAGGACACCAGCCCUCCAGGACCGAGUUUGGGCACCCCUGCUGUGGACGCUCUGAACAACGGCAAAUGCUUUUAAAUUUUUUAGACGCUUUCUGUCAUUAUACAAGUCUGAAAAACCAUUACAUUUGCUUCAAAGUACAUGAAGACGGCGACUACAUUAAUAAAAAAGGAAAAUGAUUUUAUGAUUGUACAAACAUUGUGUGACUACAAGCACAGAUGUUUUUAUUUAUGACCAGGCAGUGUAAAUGAUGUACAUAUUUGAGGGAGGUGACCAUGGUUUUACUACUAUUUUACCACUUUUCCUUAUUUUAUAGUUGUUUGCAAGAUUUAUUUAGAAUAUUGCUCAGCCCAUUGGUCAGCUGUAAUGAUUUUAAAUGUGCUCUAUAAUUAGUUUUAUUGAGUAUAAAUAAAUGAAGCUAUCAAUACAAACCACAGGAAGCUACAUGAGCACAUUGGAAUCGCU